AUGGGCAAUAUCGAUGAAAGACUGUUCAUAAUUUCUGCGAAACCUCAACUCGUAGUUGGCUCUCACCAUCACAUUCCAUCGGCGGUCUCCUCAAGAUAUCCUGGCGAUCCUGUCUUGCUCCAGUACAAGACGGAAAAACGUUGGCAUAGCUGCCGGCGUGGCAGGUUUGAUCUCCUUGGAAUCGAAGUCUCGAAAGGGCUAGUCGCCUUUUACAGAUCUUCCAAGCAUCAAGAUGAAACCAUUACAAGAACCGUUCGCAAGCUUGAAAAUCUACUCUCUACCCUUGAGAACCUGGAAUUAGCGUCACAGAAACGAAGAUUCAGGCCAGACGAAGUGAAACAGCUUCACAAUGUUGAGGAGUCUGUCGAAAGUUGUAGAGGCGUUAUUGCAGAACUCCAAACCGAGCUGGACAAAUUCGGUAACUCGACUGAAAAGGGAAUUCAGGCUGUUGCGAAAAGAGCCGGCCGUAAGCUGGCUUACCCAUUCAGAGAGAGCACACUUAAAAAGCUUGAUGAGGACAUAAGUGAAUUUCGAAGUAAUCUACUGGUGGCCCUCAACGUUCUACAGCUCAAGCGUGUUGACGACAUACAAAACGAUACAGCGGACCUAGCAGUCCUGGUCAAUCUCCUGAGAACAACUCAGAUAUCUGACGCGAUUCGAGACUGGCUCAGAGCUCCUGACGCUACUUCCAAUCAUAAUGAGGCCUGUAAAAGGAGACAUUCAAGAACAGGGCUCUGGCUCGUCAACGGUCCAACCUUUCAGAAAUGGCUAGAGGAGGACCAUUCUUUCCUAUGGCUCAACGGUCAUCCAGGAAGCGGGAAGACUAUUCUCAGCUCGACAGCUAUACAAUACACGCUCCGGCACCGCAGAAGCAAUCCUCGCAUUGGUAUUGCCUUUUACUAUUUCAGCUUCAGUGAUAAGUCCAAGCAAGACGUCUCCGGACUAUUGCGAGCUCUGCUUUUACAACUAUCUAGUCAGCUUGACGAUGGACAUGCGGCCCUUGCUCGUCUGCAUAAUACCUAUAGAAACAGUGAACCGCCAGUACUACCACUGCAGGAUACGCUCAAACAAGUGAUCAGGCAAUUUGAAGAUGUCUAUAUUAUUGCGGAUGCUCUGGAUGAGGCCCCCCGAGGGGAGAGAAGAGACGCUGUUUUAGGUUCAUUGUCUGAGAUGUGUGGCUGGUCAAUCCAUGGUCUCCAUAUACUGGUCACCAGCCGUGACGAGACCGACAUCCGUUCGCAAUUAGCUUCAUAUCUUACUGCAGAAAUACGUAUGGAUAACACUGGGGUCGAUGAUGAUAUCGCAGAUUAUAUAGUUCAACGUCUCCGCAGCGACCACAAAUUCAAGAAAUGGGCUCCAUAUCAUACCGAAAUCCAGGAAACGCUUAUCGGACGCGCCCAAGGAGUGUUUCGCUGGGUGGACUGCCAGUUCACGACGCUAGCAUCUUGCCCUUCUAGUUACUAUCAUCUAAAGAAGGCGCUUAAUUCUCUACCCCGCUCGCUUGAUGAAACAUAUAGUCGAAUGCUCAUGAACAUAGAUCCUGAGCUGAAGGAAGAAGCCAAGCGAAUUCUAACCUGGCUCUGCUUUGCAAAACGUCCGGUAACUGUGCAGGAGAUCAUUGAUGGUCUUAUGAUCGAGCUAGGAGAGAAUCCAAGACUAGACAGCGAACGUCGGCUGCAGGAUGCAAACGAUGUUAUCUGGAUCUGUCCAGGCCUCAUUAGCUUGAAUGCUAUGGAAGAUUGGGCAUCCCCUGAAUCGGAGCCUGAAUCGGAGCCUGACUCGGAACCUGACUCGGAGCCUGAAUCGGAGGAAGACCUACCCGAUGUGGAACAAACUGAUCACCCUUCUCUGGUUAGGAUUGCUCACUUCUCAGUUCAAGAAUACCUGGAGUCACAACGCAUCAAAUCCCAAACAGCGUCAGUUUUUGCCCUGGAUGGCCUUACAGCAAACACGGAGCUAGCCAAGACAUGCCUUGUCUAUCUCAUAAAUGUUCAAACAACAGAUCUCAAAAGAUUUCCACUAGCUUCAUACGCCGCUAAAUACUGGUAUCGGCAUCUUCGGGAUGGAGACGAAAAGUCUGAGUCACUCAGUUCAUUGGCUACUAAUUUCUUUAGUUCUCAGGAUGGUGUCUUCGAAGACUGGAUCAGGAUUUUCGACCCUUACACCGGAAUUUCUAAUGAGUUGAAAAGGUCUUCAGAUGAUAUUGCAUCUCUGUUGUUCUAUGCCUCCUUUUUAGGUUUACAUCAACCACUUCAGAAGCUACUGGAGGAUGGGUCUAUAAGAAGUGCCAUCAACCGGGGUGGUGACCGCGCAUUACGCGUGGCUUCGGAGUAUGGUUAUGACAGAAUAGUGCAACUGCUACUGGACCACGGCGCAGAGGUGAAUGCUUCAGGAGGGGUUUAUGGUACUGCACUCCGUGUAGCGUCAAGAGCAGGCCAUUUGCCGACAGUGAAACUACUGCUGGAUCAUGGUGCCGGAUUGGACGUCGAAAAGAUGACCAAGGCUAAUGGGUCUACACUACGAGUCCUAUUUGCGUCCCAAACAGGCAGCCAGGAAUGGGUGCAAUGGAUAUUAGAUAGUGAUAUUGACAUUGAUAGAGACGUCCUGCAGGAAGAAGCAGUGAGGCGUCACGGGAGCGUCUCAUUCUGGUCAGGAGAAGAGAUGCGUCCAGUGCUGGACAGAGGAGCGGACGUUACUAACGAUGUGCUCGCAAUAGCAUAUGACCCUUCUCAUUAUAAGGUGGUGCAGCUAUUACUGGACGAAGGCGCUGAGGCUACCAGCGAGGCGCUGGAAUGGGCACCUAAGAGCCAUUUGAAGGUGAUAGAAUCGCUGCUAGACAAGGGAGCGCAGGUGACGUUCAUUGCGAUACAGGCCGCUUUAGAAGAGGGAAGAGCCAAGGUUCUGGGAUUGUUGCUGGAUAAGCGGGCCAAGAUUGAUAUUAUCGCAAUAGGGGAAAGCGAUAGGGAUGGCAUCAGCAGGGGGUCGCUGGGAGGUGGUAACACUCCUUCUGGACCGCGGCGCUGA